AUGGACCUAACGCCUGAAGACUACAGUGAGGCGAUGGCGAUUGAACUAAUGGAUGUAGAAGAAGAACGUUUCCUUGCAUUAGAAAGUAUCAAAGCCCAGAAAAAGCAAGUAGCCAAAUCUUAUAACAAGAAAGUCAAACGCAAGGUUUUCUUGGAAGGGGAUUUGGUAUGGAAGAUGAAGUUGCCAGAGCACGGUUAUAAGGAUCAAAUCUUUGGUAAGUGGUCAUCUAAGUGGGAAGGGCCAUUUAGGGUGGACAGAUUUAUGUCAGGGAACGCCUAUCUCCUACAGGAGCUAGACGGUGAAAUGUUUCCAAGGGCAUUGAAUGGCAAGUUCCUACGGCAGUACACCCCAAGUAUUUGGGAAAGCCAUCAAAAUCUACGGUUAAAACAUCCUGACCUAGAGGCUUUUGACAAAUAA